CAGAGAGGUUACAACCAAUCAACUUCUCUUCCAAGGAAACAACCACAUACUCAUCUAAUUCCAUUCAAACUCACUCUAUCCAUCCCACUAAAUCUCAUCGAAAUCCAUUCAAACUCACUCUAUCCAUCCCACUAAAUCUCAUCGAAAUCCAUUCAAACUCACUCUAUCCGUCCCACUAAAUCUCAUCGAAAUCCAUUCAACUCCACUUAACACACAAAAAAUCACACAACAUUGACAUCACUACACGUUGUAAUUUAACAAUCUGUAAAUAUUGUAUAAUUAGAAUAUAUGUUUUCUAAGUUCCUACAUGUAUGUAUUCUAAUCUGAAAAUGUCUUAUACUAAGGACUAAACGUUAUUAUCAACAAUAUUGUAAUCCAUAGCAUAUUAUGUUUGAAGGCAUGUAAAAUUGCAUGCCUGUAUGACAUGUAAAUUGAAUAUCUUCAAAAUUAUUCAAUCUUCCCCUCCCCCCUCAAGAAAACAUAGACCUUUCUUAGGAAAGAAUAUGUUUCCUGCUGUUAUUUUGAAAUUCCUACAUUUUUAAAAUAAUAGAAGUGUAUGACGACGUAAAAAAACAAGGCAUUAUUUUAAUGAUUCUUAUUUGUCGGAAAAACGUUAUAGAAGUUAAAGUUGUUGAAAUACUUGUCGGAGAUUGGUGAACUAUCCAUAAGAGAGUCAAGAGAAAGUAAGUCCACUUCCUGAAGACACUGUUAUGACAAAUUAAUGAGGAAUUACGUUGAAGAAAAGAAAAAUUCAACGACUGUCUAGCAUGAUUUGGGCAUAACACUACGAUAUGCCUAGUAAGCGGUCUCGCGGUAAGUUGACCCUGUUUUGCUGUAAAGAUGAAAAUUAUUACGCGUUGACUUGUUGCCACGUUGGUUAUGCACCUCAUAUGAGAUUUAAUGAUGACCUUCUUGCGAUUCAAGAAGAAAUUAGUAAAAACAAAGAAAGCAUUCAGCGUUUACUAAAUGAAAAUAAAUAUACUUUCUCGGAUGAUGACGACAGCGUGGUUGGUCAUUUUUUUGACUUCUCUUAUAAUCCUGAAAUUGAUAUCAUGUCCAUCUCUGUUGGCAAUAAAGAGGAUUUUCAGAAGCUUGUUGGUGAUGAAUUGGAAGAUGUUGAUUCAAACUUUGAUGACGUAUUUAGACAAAUUCACAAAAGGCUAAGCCAAGAGGAAUCUGUGAAAGUUUGCACAGCCACUGGUACUGAGGGCUACUUGUGUGACCUUAUGUAUUCAGUUUUUGUAAAAAAACAUGUGAUUUUCCGUGAUGUUAUCAUGAUAAAAAGUGAUGAGUCAUUUCUUAAGGAUGGUGACGCUGGUGUUCUUGUUUACUUUUUGGAUGAAAAAAACAAUUGGCAACCGUUUGCGUAUGGAAUUGCAGAAUUAACUAAAAAUCACGGAGAGACCAGAGAGACAUAUUAUAUCUGCUUGAGAUUAAACAUUGCCUUAAAAGCACUCGGCCUUCAGGGUGGUCAGUUUUUUAAACCGAGGAAAAAUGGUGACACUCUAUCCGUUAGUGAUAAACACAUCGACGACGGCACUGCAUUGAACAACACCAACCGUGACGACAAUGGUCGCACUGCCUCUUAUAAAGAGAAAGCUGACGCGAAAACAUAUCAGGAACAUGAACAAGAGACAUACAUUUAUUCAAGCCAACUUGAAAUUGUUGAGAAAAGCGAAAACAAAAUACUCAAUCUGAAGUUUAAAGCCCAGAUACACAUUAAUGAAUAUCACAAUUUUGUUGGGUUGUCGCAAAAAUGGAAUUGCGUUGACAAAUCAGUGAUGCAUCGCGAAAAGUUUGAAAUGAUGCGAAAACAUUGGCUUGAACAUCCAGGUGAUAUUAGAGUUAAAGGCGAUGUACGUGUGAUUUUCAUGAAAAAGUUCUUGAUUGGCGAAGGAAGUGGUGGAACCGUUUAUCUUGGCUUGGGAAAGGAUGGUUAUGGAAAAGCUGUAAAACGAAUCCUUAAUGAUAGCUGUAUCCAUCUAGCUCUACGAGAAAAGAAUAUUUUGAAUGAGCCAAACGCAAAGGAGUCGAAGCAUGUUGUAAAGUAUUGGAACUUCGUAGAAGAGGAAGGAGAACAUUUUGUCUAUUUGAUAUUAGACUUGUGCGAACAAACUUUGACAAGUUUUGUUAAGUCUAGUAGUUUAGAUAAACUUCACGAAGCCCUUCCCGAAAUCCUUAGACAAAUGUUAAAUGGAUUAUCUGAUCUUCAUAGUGGCCCAAGUUCUAUUCUUCAUCGGGAUUUAAAGCCUUCUAAUGUUCUUCAAGACGUGGAAGGCAAAUUUAUGAUAGCUGACUUUGGUAUUAGUCGAAUUUUGAAGAGUGGCUCUAACACACAUAAAAGCGAUCCUAAUAGGGGAACUCAGUAUUGGAUUGCACCUGAAUCCUAUAUUGAUGGUCGUUACAAGAAAGAGUCUGAUAUAAUGAGUGCAGGAAUGGUGGCUUAUUAUGUUGCAACAAAAGGGGAACAUGCAUUUGGAACUGAAGAGAAUAUAUUGAAAAACUUGUUAGAUGGAAACCCUAUUGGCUUGAAGAAAAUUGAUGAUGUUCAACUUGAAGAUCUUCUUUCAUGGAUGCUACAGCAUAAGCCUGAACUCAGGCCAUCAGCCAAUGAGGCGUUAAAACAUCCUUAUCUACAAUCCAAUGAAGAAAAGUUUGACAUGCUGUGUGAUGUUGGAAACCAACCGGAGAUAAAGCAACCAAUAUGUCAAAAUUCAGAUGUUCGUAGGCAGUUGGAUUGUCCCACAACAUGGAUGAAACGUAUCGAUGAUGAAAUUUUGAAAGAUUUCAAAACAUAUGAAGUAAACAACAAAGAAAGAGCUGCAACCUACGAGUCUUCAUGGGCAAGUUGUUUGAGAUUCAUACGUAACGUUGGUCAGCACUGGCAUGAUAAACCUCAACCACGUCUAUCGCAAUAUAUCAAGGAAGGAAACUAUAAAGAGUAUUUCAUGCAACGUUUUCCCGAACUUCCUCUACUGGUGCACAAAAUUAUUAGAUCGACUGACUGGAAAACAAGACCUGAUCUCAAAAAACAUUUUACGACUUCUGAAGAAAGGAAAUCUUUGCUAUAUCUACAAAAUGAUAAUGACAGUGAUGCUGAUAUUGGUAUAACGUCCUCUACAUCAGGACCUAGUUUUUACGAAAAGAUAUCUUCGCCAUCUCCCAUGAUUGACGACGACUAUGACGACAUUGACAAAACUCCUUCUUCAGCAGUACUUGAUGAUAAUAACAGUGAAGUCAUCAUUGGUGUUUUGCCUUCUACAUCAAAACCUGAUGCAGAUGAUAAUUUGGAUGAACACUUUUCGAUGAACACAAGCUUUUCAGAAGAAUUGUUGCGUCAACCAUGGAAAUGUUUUGAUAAAUCAAUAAUACAUCAGGAAAAGUUUAAAGAGAUGGAGGAAUAUGGACGCAAACAUCCAGAAAAAGUUACACUGCUCAGUGGAUUGCGUGUAAUUUUCAUGAAGGAGUUUUUGCUUGGCAAGGGAAGUGAUGGAACCCGUGUUUACCUUGCCCUGGGAAACAAUGGUUAUGGAAAAGCAGUAAAGCGAAUACCCAAAGAUAGCGGCAAAGACUUUGCAAAUCGAGAAAAAGAAAUUUUUAAUGAGUUGAAUGCAAAGCGUUCAAAUUAUGUUGUGAAUUUUUGCCAUUUAGAAGAGAACCUUGACGAAGAGUAUUUGUAUAUGAUAUUAGAUUUGUGUGAAGAAUCGUUAGAGAAAUAUGUGAAAUCUUCUUCUCUGCAAGAUCUUCAAAAAGUCGUUCCUACAAUUCUUAUGCAGAUUUUAAAAGGCUUAGUUGAUCUUCACAGUGGUCCGUGUCCAAUUCUUCAUAGGGAUUUAAGACCAUCAAAUGUUCUUCGAGAUGUACAAGGAAUUUUUUUAAUCGCUGACUUUGGAAUAAGUCAUAUGUUAUCUGAUGAAACUUCGACACAUCAAAGCAUACAGAGAGGAGCUAAAAAUUGGAUAGCUCCAGAGUCAUAUAACGCAUCAGAUGAUACAAUUAAUAAAGUUCGUUACAAGAAAGAGUCUGACAUUAUGAACGCAGGAAUGGUGGCUUACUAUGUUGCAACAAAGGGAAAACAUCCUUUUGGAGAAGAACGGCAUAGACUGGACAACAUUUUGAAUGGAAACCCUGUUGGCUUAGACGAAAUCAAGGAUGCCACAUUCAAAGACCUUUUAUCGUGGAUGCUACAGUUAAAACCUGAAGACAGGCCAUCUGCCGAUAAGGCGUUAAAACACCCUUAUCUGCUAUCAGACGAAGAGAAAUUUAACAUGCUGUGCGAUAUGGGGAACCAACUGGAGGUCAAACAUUCACAAAGUCAAAAUUCUUCAGACGCUCAUAAGCAGUUGCAUGGUUCCACAGAAUGGAUGAAGCGUAUCGAUGAUGAAGUCGUCAAAGAUUUGAUCAACUUUGAAGUAAACGACAGUUUAAGAACUCUAAAGUACGAGUCCACAUGGGCAGAUUGCUUAAGAUUUAUACGAAACGUUGAUGAACAUUGGCAAAAUAAGCCUCGUCCGCAUCGAUCACAAUAUGUGAAGCAAGGGAAUUAUAAAAAGUAUUUCUUGCAACGUUUUCCUGAACUUCCUCUUCUGGUGCACAAAGUCAAUAGGUCACAGGAAAACUAAACCUGAAUUUCCUAGUAAGCAACAGCUAUCAAAAUAAUUUGUCAUUUUUUUCAUGAUUGCAAGGUAUCAAUUGUGUUAAACCUAGAUGCUCGAUGGCAAUAAAUUAACUUUUCAAUUUUAAUAUGAAACAUUUUAAUGUUGCUGUGUAUGACUAUGUACACUGACUGAACUUGUUUUCUCAACUUAUGGUUUAAAUUUAAAUGUUUAUGAAAAAAAGGUAUUAAACAUAA